UAAAUUCAGGCAACGGUAAAAUGUCAAAAAUCAGCCUACAUUUCUUAGAGAAUUGCUAUGCAGAUGUUCGCGCUGUAGGUUUAACACCAACCAUUGUAACGUUACGCAGGGCGGUGUGAAGGUAACAUGGGAAGUUGUGUUCACCGGUCUCGUAAGGUAAUCUAGGUCAUUUAAUUUGGCUAACCAACGUUAGCAAACAACAAGCUAAACAGCAAUUUAAUUGUCAGUUCCGUGCUCGGCGUUGACGUAACGUGACGUCAGAACGUGUGCGUUGAAUGCGACGUUAACCGGGACGUUGUCCAGUGCUGAUCUACACGUCAGGCAUCACGACAGCCCGACGUCACACGUCUGCCAGUUCAUGUUAAUAACGUAAAGUAACGUAAAGUUGGGCUAAAGCUAAAGCUAAUGCUACAGUGUAACGGUCGUUCAGUUACACAAGGAGGGUUUGGUCAUAAAGUUGCUGAUACAUGUUUGUUCAUGUAUGUGUGAGGGACAGAAUGGAUGUUUAAAACCCCCUUUGAUGGACACAAUACACUAGAUUGAGUAAAUUGAUUAGCCGCAAAAAGGACAACUUAAACAAAAGUGCUAAACUUUAAUGUUCCUCUAAAUUGUUCAGUUUCCAAAUGAUCUCAUACCGUCUCCACCUGUGAGUUUGACUCAUUAUUUGUCAGGACCGUAUGUCCGUCUGAUGUCUCUCUCUCUUUGUGUCUUCAAUUCUCUGUCAAACAACAGUAAUGUUAAGCGAUGGAGUUUCCAGAACAUUUCAACCAGCUGGAGCUCCUGGAUACACAUGGACACCUGAUCCCCAGAGGGGCGAGCAGCCUGUGGACCGAGGAGGAGGAGGAGGAGGUCGUGGAAGUGGAGGAGGAGGAGGAGGAGGAGGAGGAGGGAUGCCGCGGCAAGGACUGGUAUCUGGAAAAAGAAGAAACUCUUAAAGACGAACCAAAGCUGCUGAUCCUGUGGGCGGCACAGAACAGCCGUCUCGCAACAGUCCACAGGUUGGUCACCGCUGAUCCCUCGCUGGUGCACUGCUGCGAUGAGGACGGCUACACUCCACUGCAUCGCGCGGCGUACAGCGGCCAUGUCGAUGUGGUUUCUGCCUUGAUCGCCGCCGGGUCCCGGGUCGACCCUCGCACCGCCGACGGCUGGACGCCGCUUCACAGCGCCUGCCGCUGGAGCCGAGUCGCCGUGGCGAGCUUCCUCCUGCAGCACGGAGCCGAACUGAACGCCCAGACCAACGGUGGACUCACGCCGCUGCAUCUGGCCGCCUCCGACACCACCCCCCUCAGAACAGACUCUCCGCGCACGUUGGAGCUCCUCCUCGCCCAGCGGCGCCUGAAGCCAGGGCUCCGCAGCGGCAGCGGGGAGACGGCCAGCGAGGUGUCCUGGCGUACCGGCCCACACCACGCCCUGUUUGAGAUGGUAGAGGACUGUGUCACAGUGGUGCCCUUUGAUUCCUGAAAGGGCCGUGGACAGCGGUUACGUGAACUUCACUGAUGGUAUAGAGAGGAUUUAAAGUUGAGCGUUAUAUCACUUGGCAUUCGUUAGUUGAACUGUGUAAAAGUCUUUCGAGGCGCGUUGUGUUUUGGAGCUACUGUUAACUGUGGCCCCUGUAAGAUCAAAAUGUGUCUUUAAUUAAAUCCCCUGGCUGAAAUAUUGAGGAAUUUCUUUCCGCUAAGCGCGUCUACCUGGAACUAAUACUAAUAAAUAAUAAUAGUACAACGUUGUAGUAUAAACUCCAAGAAAAAGCUAUUUCAAUAAAAGAAAAACGUAAAGGUCAGACUUUCCUCAUCGAGGUACUAGAAAAACUGUAAUAAUGAUGUCCAUACCUUUUAUUAAGUAGAAGUAACACUACAAAAGUAUUAAUAGAAAUCAAAAUCUAUAUGGUCAUUGAUUGUGGAAGUGAGAUACAUUUAUAUGAACUGUUGGAUCUGUGGUCCAAGUUUGUCUUCAUCUGUGAAGUAAGUAGUAGCUAAAACGGUCAUAGACUUUGAAGACAUUUCACCUUGAGAUGUAGAAAUCAGAAUGGAACACUUGAGAACACUUGAGUAGAAUAAAAUUACAUGAAAAGGCUACAUUAGUUCAGUCCAGUGAAUUUGAGGCAAAUAGUGAGAAUUCUCUCAUAUUAUCUUCAACGUGAUAACAGUAGCUGUAGUAAGUGUAUGCAUCAGAUAAAGACUCCAAGAUUCAUUUCUCUGAUGAUUGUUGUUUCAGUUUUGACCCCUUAUUGACAUUACAGCUUGGAGAAGAUGUGCUGAAUGUCCCCAGCGUUUUGAAAAGGAUUUUUUUGUAGUUCCGGAUAUUGACCUUUGUCCAAAAUGCAGAUAAAUUGAGAGACAACCACAGUAAAUUAUUUUCUGAUUGCCAAUACAAGCUUCAAAUACAUUCAAAUGAAUGAGAGAGUGACCCUUUCCUUCCCCUUCAUCUCAUCCGGAUGGAUGUUUUUACAUUUCCAUGGAUAGCGCUAACCACCUUUGCCUGGGUACACACAUUUGUAUCCACCCACUCCACAGAAUGGAGUUGAUCUUACGGUUUGUGGUCAGUCAAGGGGCCGCCUGAUCAUGUCUCUUUGUACACGUUUGGACUGUGAAUUGAACAAAAUACUGCUUGUGCUGCUCAACAGGUCACAGGAUGUUUACCUGCAUUUUAAUAUUCCACUUGCGACCGUAGGACACAAUACGUUGCCACAUUCUUUGUUUUGCAGUGUGCACAACCAUGAAGAGUCCCCAUCAUUAGCUGUACCUCCCUCUUUCUGUAGCGCGGCGCUGUACAAAAGCUGCUGCUGGAAAUGAAGUGCUGGAAACCUGCCUGCGGCUAUUGUUUGUCUCUCUUUGUAAGGACCGAUCUAAAUUAGCAAGUGAGGACACUUUGUCUUUGGGGAUUAUGCUAUGUUUGGUUCCCAUUUUCAUUUUACUGUGAAGAUGUUCACCACCCAGUACUUAGGGGCCAAUGAGGGUCCACACAAGUAAAAAAUCAUUAUAAUAACCUUUUAUUAGACUUCCAGUACUUUCCUUUAUUUUUGGUGAAUUGAUGGUAAUACUAUAAGCCGCCCACAUUACAUGAACAUACAUAGAGUUGUUAUGGCGACCGAGUAAGCAAACAUCUACUGUAUGUCUAUUAGCUGGAAACAUUUGCCUUCUGCUGACGAAAACAACCAUAGAACCUGUAGUUUCUUUGGGUUUGUCAGUAUUCGUUAUUCUUUUCGCUUUAGUCCCUAUUUUAAGUGACACAAUAAUACAAAAUAAUAUAAUCAGCUUUUGCAAGGUCACAAAGUGGAAGCACUUGUUGACAUCUGAGCAACAAAGCAGCCAAAGCAGAAGUGACAGAAGUUCACCAAACAUCAGAUUUCAACAAGAGAGACUUCUGUUAGUUUGGUUAGCAUUGUGUCAUUGAAUCAUACAAACCCUUCAGUUUGUCCCUUUGAGUGUUCAUCGCUGUAACCAUGGCGGCGAAGGUCCUCUAUCCUUAAUCCAAAGAGAAAUGCUUCUCUUUCCUUUGUAGUUAUUUUUUUUCAGAUCAGAUCAUUUUUCUCUACACUUAACCAGGAUGUUCAGCUUCUAAAUAUAACCACAUCUCUGCCUUAGCGUUGAACCAUUCAGGCGCGGACAUAUUGCCGGGAAGAGCAUGCGAUCAGAAAACUCAGUAACUCAAUAAAAGCACCAUGAAAGGUA